CAAGAUCAUUUGUAUUCCAAGCUCUAUUAGCAAUACAGAUAAUGGGAAUAUUUCCUGCUACCUCUCCAACUCUACUGAAAUUCUAAGUCUUACUGCCUUCACCACGUUCUGCUUUACCAGAUAUUGCUGCCUAUCCUACUAUAGUACUAAAUUGUUACUUUCAGUUAUUAGCUAUUGCUUAAAGAAGCAGCAAACUGAGACAUGAUUUUGCUAGGAUUCCAGCUAAGUAUAUAAAGUGUCUAUUCUGACUCUACAACUAUGGCUAAAACCUAGUAAAAUCUUUCAAGGAAAUUCACCUGUGCAACCCCUUGGCUGCUUUAUUCCCCCUGUUUGCCUAGAAACAAGAUGCUCAAGAAGGACAAAUAAUGAAGUUUUGAAUAGUAUCUAGAUCUUCCUCUGACCCUAUUCAGGCUAGAAUGCACAGCAAAUGAGCAAAGGAAAAUGCUGACAUCAUUUUACCCCUAUGGAAUUUCUCUUACUUGGAAGAAUAACAAAUAGCAGCAACAACAAAAGCAGUGGAGAAUGCUGAAAUAUGCCUAUGAAACAGGCAUAAUAAGGUAAAAGAAGUUCAAGGUCUCCAUUUUUUCUUCCUGAGUCACAUAUAGAUCUCUUUGACCCUUUCUUUCCUUCCAUUUCCACUGCUCAUGAGCAGAAAACAUGGAGGGUCAUAUACCCAACCCAAAUUUAAGAGAAUCUGUGGACUCCAAGGGUCUUAAUCCCAAUGGUGCCCCAAACAUACAAUUCUGUCACUGUACACGUGUUAAUAUCAAUGUCAAGCAGAACACGGUGGGGAUAUACACUGCUGAGGCUUUUAAUGGCCUGUCUCAGGAUUUCCCCUAUAAUUGUCAAGUCUUUGAAAAUAAAUAACAUUAGGAAUAUAUAACAUACUAUUAAUUUAAUUCAAGUCACUUACAUCCCCUCUUAUAUCUCAAGGAUGAAAAGAGAAGAUUUGGAUACCUAGUGAUAUUCUUUAUUGACUAGAAGAGAAUGAUUGUACACUACCAUUUUAGCAUAUCCAUACUAACAAGAAACAGCAGAUGGAGGAUUAGUACAAAAUAAAAUCUGUACAGUUACAUGUCAAGUAACAAUCAAGUUCCAUGUCAUUUACUUUUGUAAGGCAUAUUUUUGUCUUAAAUAAUAAAGAAAAACGUCAGUUACAGACUAACAUGGAUUGUGAGGAGUUCGCAAUACCUAGGGUUUAAGCACUGCGGUGAAGUACUUUGUUUUACACAAUUAUCUACUGAAUCAUCACGAGUUCACUUUUGACAAAGUCAAUUGGCAAUUCCCACUUCAUUCCAAGAACACAGAAGAAAUAUACUGUGUACAAGAGAAACUGUAAACAUUUUAAAGGGUGUGAAUGAAGAAAUGCAACAACACAUAUCACAGAGGCCUCUGAUCGCAAGCUUAUAAAUUACAGACCGAAUCACUUAUACACAGAAAACAUCAGAAUACAGGAAUGCGUUUUAUUUGAAAGGAAAGACAAGCAAAUCGUACUAUUUUCACCCUUCAGAUCAGUAUCAGGUACUGCAAUGAGUAAUUAAAACAAAGACAAGACAGGAAAAAAAAAGCACCGCACUUUCGCUCUUCUCAAAGUUUCAUAACACGAUUCAAUGCGUGUAUACUUUUAAUCGAGACGACACGAGGAGAGGAUGGAAACGAGUUUGCCGGAGCGAAGUGUCAGUUUGUGUCACUUCUGCAUUCAGCUGUAACCUUCGCCAAACCUUGUCCCCCACCCCGCCCAUCGCCCGCGAGAGGCCGCGGCCGGCGGUCCCGCCCCAGCGGCGCCCGGCUCCCGGCGCCCAUAGGAUGCGGCUCCCGUCAGUCUCCCAUCAGCCCAGCUCCGCCUCCUCAAACAGCAGCAGCCCUAGCCCUCCUAUCCGCCUUUUGCCUUCAAUAGGCCCUAAAGGACAAUGCUGCUGGAAGGGGGAAAAAAAAAAAAAAAAAAAAAAAGAAGAGGGGAAAGAGCCCCGCCAGAUCGGCCCCCGGGGCAGCGCUGUAACGCCGCGGCUCAGCCGGGGCGCUUUCCAUCGGCCCCGGCCCGUCCCCAGCUCCCCCUCCCCGGCCGCUGCCCUCUGAACGCCCGCACAGGAUGAAAGGUCACGGCGUGAGCGCCAGCCGGGGCCGCCAGCGCUACAACGCCGUCACCUCAGCCUCGGGGUCAGGCGGGGCAGGCGAGGCGCUGCCCGGAUAGGGAUCUCCCUACUCCGAUCCGAACCGCCGCAUCCUCCGCUUUGCCGUCUGCUGGCGCCAGAUGACACCGGCGCGGGCCGGCACCCGCGGCGGGUGGGUUCUGGGUGCCGCCUUUCCCUCCCUCCUUCUCCUCCUCUGCUCCCGGGCGUGAACCAGCCCGAGGGCACCGAGCCGCAGCUCCCGCUCCAGGCUGGCGCCUUCCUCCCGGCCGCGGCACAAGCCGCUCACCUGGCGCCGGGUCCCGCCGGGAUGGAAGAGCGCGGGGCCGGCGGCAGCCAGGGAGGGCUGAGCUCCCCUCCCGGGCAGCGCUCUGACCGGGGCACCCCGGCCGGGCCCCCGGCCCCCGGCGCUCCUGUCACCCCCUCCCCGGCCCCUUCCUCCCGCGCCCCCCGGCACGCUCCCGCCGCGCUGCGCCAGGCGCAACCCGAGAGCGGGACGCGCCGUCCCGGGAAGCCGUCCUCCCGGCGGGAGCAGGCCCGGCCCCGCAACUCCUCCUCUUCCCGGGCUGUUAGCGGAGCGGGCAGGGAUGCGCGGGCCUUCCCGGCCGGGCCCCGAGCCGCCGGCCCGGCGCUCCCGGGGGUCCAGCCCGCCUGUCCCAUCGCAGCGGUGGGAAGGAAGCGGGGGAGGGGAAGGGCGCCCGCCGCCGCCUCCCGGCUCCGUCCUCCCGUUCCACGGGCAGGGCGGCUGCCACUCUCCCUCUCCCCCUUCAGCCCUGCCCCUCCCUCUGCUCCCCGGGCCCGCGGCGGGCAUUUACCUGCCGUGGUGGCGCAGAGCGGGGCCCUGGGGCCUCUGGCAGCCGGAGGAGGCAGCGGACUCCGUCCCGCUGCUGCCGUCCCCGAGUGAGGCGGGCGGGACGGAGCCGGGACCUGCCCCGGGAGGCGUUACGUAAACCGGCGGCGGCGGCGGUUCCAGCGCCACGGGGAGGGAAGGAGGGAGGGAGGGGGCCGGGCCGGCCGCUCCGUCACCCGGCAACGGGACUCAGCGCCCCGGCGGACCGCGCCGCCGGCUCCGCCCCGUAUCCCUCCGCCCAGAGGGCGGCCCGGCUCCCCGAUCGCAGAGCCGUGGGGCUGCGCCGCGCGGGGCCCGGGCGCCGGCGAGCCGCCCUCAUGCCGGGGCCGCGGCGCAGGAAGGGCGGGGGGAGCAGGGGAAGUGUCCUUUGCCCUGGUUGUACAGCCUCCCGCCCGCCCGGAGAGCGCCGCGCUGCCCGCCUGAGGAGGGAAGCGGCGGGCCCGGCGCUCGGCAGUCCCCGGGCGGGCCCGCGGGGCCGCCGCUGAGGCGGGAGAGCCGGCGGGCGGAAGCACCCGCGCCCCUCAGGAGCGCCGCGCCGCCGGGAGGGGAACAGCCGGGCAGGGCCGGCGCAGGAAUGCGAGGGAGGGAGCGGGGAAUAAUGAUGGAGCGUAGCGGUGUUUGUCAUGUGAGGGCCUUUUGAAAUCCUGAACGACUCCGAGAGCGAGGUUAACAAAUAAAAGUUUAUUUUACUGCGCAAUGAAA